AUGGCGGUUGCUCCUGAUCCCAGCGGGCAACAUUUUGUUACGUGUCAGCUGUGUGAAGACAAUGUUCAAUUCUACUGCAGACCGUGCAGAAUAAGACUUUGUGUAAAAUGUGUGUCUCCUCAUCUGGAAACUAACGCACCGGACCAUAAUAUUGUGUAUUAUCACAAACGAUUUUGGACGACAACAAGAUUCCUUCACGAUCCACACUUAGUGAAGAACAUACCUUGUGGUUGUAUCGCGAUGCUCUGCAUUAGAUACACCAGUGAUAGACAGAUUUUCGUAAUUUCGCACGGUUCGUCGGAUAUAAAUCUUGUAAAUACAGACGGAACUUUAGUCAGAACUUUUUCUCCGGAAAGAUUACUUCCCAAUUUGACCCCUUAUAAAGACGGUGCGUUAUAUACAGACAAAGAAGGAAUAAGAAAAAUUAACAGUAAAGAUGAUAAACUAUUUAUAUCAAUUCAUGGGGAAUUGAGAGGAAUUGAAUUUAUGGAACCUAAUUUCAUAUUUGUCUGCAACUCUUCCAAGGUUGAAAAAUAUACAACUGAUGGUAAAAGACUUUUGAAAAUUGAAUACGACGACAAAGGAGAUCAUAUUUAUAAAAAUCCUACAAAAAUAUCUAUCAAUGGAAAUGGGGACAUUUGUGUGGCUGAAUAUGCAAGAACCGAUGUCCUUAUUCCUUCGGUUACAGUGGUAGAUAAUUGUGGAAAAUACCGUUUCUCUUAUGGUCUAGAGCCUAAAAGUGAUUAUUCCUGCAUGAUGGAUCUGUGCUGUGACUCCUGUUUUCACAUCAUCAUAGUCUGUGAUAAAAUACAAGUGAUAGACAAAGAUGGUAACUUUCUUAGAUAUCUGGUGUAUGAUGGGAUAAAAAAUCCUUUGAGUGUGACCAUUGAUAAUGAUGACAAUUUAUACGUUUCCGAAUUGUUUGACAAAUACGUAAGAGUGUUAAAAUAUCUGUACUAA